AACCUAUGAAAUCUAACCUGUAAAUUGUAAACAGUAUGAAUUUCAUGAAAUGAAUGCCAAACCUGGCCAAACUUAGCUCACUUGUUCUUAUCAAUAAUGUAGCUCAAAAACUGUUAAUGCUAGCAAUUUAUCAUUUUUUCACUCAUUCAUUGUGUAAAGUAUUAUCUACUAUCAAAAUGAACUUUGAAUAUUGUGUCCAGUUUGCAAAUUAUUUGAAUAUUAUUCGGAAACCUUCAAUCAACUCCCAUCACAUCAUAUUAGGAUGAUGCUCUAUUAUUUACGAAAUCCACCAUGAAUUUUUGGAAAACAGUUCAGAAACAAAUUUACAGUAUCAUUUCUCGAAAGUAUUACGUAAUUUGUUUUGUAUUUCUAGUGCUGACAACGCUACUAUCUCUGGUUCACAUUGGCGAAGUGUGGCUGAAACGAUCAUGGUCGAUAACAGACGAACAGUGGUUCAACCAAUUUAUGCACAACAUUGGCAACCAAAAACUUCACAGCAACCUGACCCAAUACCUACCCAUCGAUGUGGUCUAUACCUGGGUCAAUGGAUCAGACCCCUUGUUCAGAACCCAGUUAGCUGACUACAAGAAAAAUUUGUCACUAAAGGCAUCCGAUGAAUGUCCAUUCGCCAACUGUUUGCCUUCCAACUUCAUUUCCACCAAACUUACAACAGGUGCUGACUGUUUGAAAGGUUACAGUGAAUUCAAAAUUGUAAGCUCCAAAACGUCCACUGAUAUUUGGAAGCUGGUUGCUUUGGACUCCCCGGAGUCGGUUGUUAAUAGAAUGAAGGAUGCCGAAGGAGAUAUCUAUCAGGUUCAUUGGACUACAGAUAGUAGUUUGGCAAUAUUUACCAUCCAAAUAAUACAAUCAUUUUUCAAGUGCCAUGCAGUUACAUGCAUAAGGUCAGCAGAUCUCUUCUGAGGACUUGGUUCAGAGACAGUGUGAAAGGAUUCUGGGUUUACAAGAAAGUAUGCAAAGUAGUUGUGCAAUUAAAAAUUGAUGCAAUGCUUAUUUUAAAGGUAAGCA